ACUGAGACUUAUCGGAGCACACCGCAUUUUUGCAUUCUAAUCUUCGGUCGACGGAAGAAAGCAUAAAUUAACAAAAACUAAUCAUGUGUGACGACGACGUUGCUGCUUUAGUUGUAGACAAUGGAUCUGGUAUGUGCAAGGCUGGAUUCGCCGGAGAUGAUGCUCCAAGAGCUGUAUUUCCGUCCAUCGUUGGCCGUCCCCGUCAUCAGGGAGUUAUGGUAGGUAUGGGUCAAAAGGACUCGUACGUCGGUGAUGAAGCUCAAUCUAAGAGAGGUAUCCUUACCCUCAAAUACCCAAUUGAACACGGUAUCGUUACCAACUGGGAUGAUAUGGAAAAAAUCUGGCAUCAUACCUUCUACAAUGAAUUGAGAGUCGCCCCUGAAGAGCACCCAGUCUUGCUAACUGAAGCCCCUCUUAACCCCAAGGCUAACAGAGAAAAGAUGACCCAAAUCAUGUUUGAAACCUUCAACGCUCCAGCUAUGUACGUUGCUAUCCAAGCCGUUCUUUCCCUCUACGCUUCGGGAAGAACCACCGGUAUCGUUCUUGAUUCUGGUGAUGGUGUUACACACACAGUCCCCAUCUAUGAAGGUUACGCCCUUCCCCACGCUAUUUUGCGUCUUGAUUUGGCUGGCAGAGACCUUACCGAUUAUUUGAUGAAAAUCCUUACCGAGAGAGGCUACAGCUUCACAACCACAGCAGAAAGAGAAAUCGUUAGAGAUAUCAAGGAAAAACUUUGCUAUGUUGCCCUUGACUUCGAACAAGAAAUGGCCACAGCAGCAUCGUCGUCUUCCCUUGAGAAAUCGUACGAAUUGCCCGAUGGUCAAGUAAUUACCAUCGGUAAUGAAAGGUUCCGUUGUCCUGAGGCCCUUUUCCAACCAAGCUUCUUGGGUAUGGAAUCUGCUGGUAUCCACGAAACCACUUACAAUUCUAUCAUGAAGUGCGAUGUUGAUAUCAGAAAAGACUUGUAUGCUAACACCGUCAUGUCCGGAGGUACCACCAUGUACCCAGGUAUUGCUGAUAGAAUGCAAAAGGAGAUCACCGCCCUCGCCCCAAGCACGAUGAAGAUCAAGAUCAUCGCUCCCCCAGAAAGAAAAUAUUCUGUCUGGAUCGGUGGUUCUAUCCUUGCUUCUUUGUCCACCUUCCAACAAAUGUGGAUCAGCAAGCAGGAAUACGACGAAUCUGGACCCUCGAUCGUCCACAGAAAAUGCUUCUAA